ACAUAAUUCAAAAUGGCAACAAAGAAACUCGAAAUAUAUACAUAUCUAUGUGAUUUGCAGUAAUGUAGAGCACUUUUGACGAAAUGUCAAGCCAGAGUAAUGUUGAUUUAGAGGAGCAGCUGGACAAUUUCAUCAUACGAAAGACAAAAGAUGCCCGAAAGCCGUUUGAAACAGCGCCUUUAAUAGCGCAAAACGGCCAAAAGAUUUACAAUGAAAUACCACUGCUUGUGGGCGACAUCUUGAACUCGUCCUUGGUGCCUAACGAUGCAGGCGUCUUUACCGCCCACAAUCUGGGCACACUGAGCUACCGCACUUGCUUGGUCUAUGGCUUUGUAGCUGGUCGUGGAGUUCACAACAAAUCGUUUCACAAAUACAUCAUCGAUGAUGGCAGCGAAACCAUGGAAAUCAGUAUACCCUUGAGGCCCAAGGAGCGGAAAUUGAUCACAACGCUCCAUAAUGAAGCUUCUGUAAUGUCUACAACGGUUGGUUGUGAAAACAUUGCUUUGAUCUUACAACGUCUACUCAGCAAAGCCAUGGCUUACAUUGAUGGUUCUACGAUCCUACCUGGCAGCAAUAUUUUAUUGUUGGGUCGUCCUAAACUAUUUCGAGGCCAGAUAUCUUUAGAUGUUAUUUCAUUCUUAAUAGACAAUGAGAGAUCUCGCAAACUAGAGUUGGCCUAUAAUGAUUGUUUAAUAGAGUUUUAUCAGAGCCAAAAUAAUAGUGAGAAGAAAUAAAA